AGCAAAGCUUUGUUAAUAAUACACAACAUUUUGUUUGUUUUAUUUUUUUAAAGUUAAAUUCAAUGGAUGAGCUAACAAAGUCAAUGACUGCGCUUAAGAGCUGCAGAGCCCAAGGUUUGCCCAUAUGCGAACCUGUACUGGAAGAGAUUGAGACUAAAAUUGAGACGCCAGCAAAGCGUUUGGUGUUACUGCCGCCAAGGCCUAUUAAAAUUAUAGAUUGCAACUGCAGCGCAACUGAAGAGGAGGAGGAGGAGGAAGAGCAGCAGCCAGAGCCAGCGACCGCUGAUGAUUUUCCAGUGCUGGAAGACUUGCUCAAUGAGCUGGCAGAGCAGCGCACACGCGUUGCUGAAAUUGAUGCGCUGUUGGCUUUGGACACACUCGAGUGUCCCGAUGCAGAUGCUUGUGUGGACAUGGAGCUGGAGCUGAAUAAAUAUAAUGAGCAUCCAGAGAUUCUGCAGCUGCAGCGUGACAACAACAAGCUGCGCAGUCAACUGCAGCAGCUGCGCGUAAGCUGCGAUGCUACCGAUGCCAUGAUGAAGCAUCUGCGUGCUGGACUCUGCCGCGAUCUAAUGGCGGCUGCGCAUAUGCAGCAGCGCUUUAAUCAGCUGGACUCGUUUCAGCGCACACUGGAGCGCGAGCAUGCGCUCUGCGCUCAGCGCUAUCGGCAUCUGCAGCGUGAGAAAUACGAUUGGGUGGAUGGCCAGGCGUAUAUUAGCUCAGCUGAGGCGCAUGCGCAGCGGCAAACGAAGCGUUUGGUGCACAAAGAGGACUACAGACAGCAGAAGCGCGAAGCUGUGCAGCUGCUAACGCCCGCCAAGCUGCAAUGCAGACAGAUACACAACUAUAUGCAUAUAUCGCUUUGCAAGUUGGGCAAUGGGCUGCGUUUGGUGCCGCCGAUCAUAAUUGAGUUCCUUAGCAGCAACAAGCGUUUAUUUUGCCCCAAGCAUGCGGCCCCCCAAGUGUUGAAGAAUUAAACUAAAAUCUGUGCGAAAUUGUUCAAUUUAUCAACGUGCUG